AUGGACUUCCUCCGUUCUCACAGCAGAAAGGGGAGAUCACGCUUCUCAAAAGCCCUACCGACCCCUCCGCCUCCAGAGACGGAUUCUUCUCCCAAGUCUAAACAGCUUCCCUCGAUUCCCCCCGUGCCUCCCGUGCCGUCCAAGAAGACCUUCGCCAUGUCGGACAAGCCGUUGCCACCGCCGCAAACCCUCAACCAGUCCCUCCCUCCCCUCCCUCCCCUCCAGACGAAAGCGUUACCGCCAGUACAUAUCUCUCGCCGGCCAGUCGCGAAGCAACCACCACCGCCGACGCCGUCAUCUCAGCCGCAGUCCACCUCCCCCGAAGACGAAAGAAACUCGAUCGGUAGCCUGCUGUCAGCUUAUUCGAGGAGCUCGGGCGAAUCCCUCAUCAUGUCGCCGGACGGAAGCGCCAGCCAGAGAGACUCGGCCCCGACAUACGCCUCUGAUCAGUAUGGAACGAGGGAACCAAAGAUCAUGCCGCCCACCUCGUUGUCGUCUGGUGACAAUGAACACCGCGGCGCACAAAAGUUCACGUCCAACAAGGGCCUGCCGCCUCACCCGGCAUACCGCGGCGAGCAAGGCCCGCCCCCUCCAGCCAAGCCGGCGCAGAGUUCGACUGUUGGCAGCCCGACGAGCGCCGUGUCAAGCUCAUCGCCGCAGCGACCGUUGUGGAGGAGGAGAUCUGUAAAAUCUGAUCGUAAUAUAGAAGUUCCCGAACUUCAACUGGCAGCCAGCCACGGGUCGACGGCCGCUUCGCAACCAAACACCGCGCAACCUUCAAACUCGCCCGCUCCCUUCUCGGCCCAGCAGCAACAGCAAUUCCCUGCUCGCAGCACGUCAAAUUUACCCGGCAGAAAUAUCCGACCCGUGCCCUCGCCAAACCCGGCAUCGGACGCAGGCAAUAUGGGCCAAGAGGUGUCGAGACUGAAGGGCAAGAUCUCGCACCUGCGCGACGGCCAGGAAGGCCCCAACCGGGGCGCGUCCCACAGCGACACGGCGCUCUCGCCGACCCAGCGCUUGCCCACCCCCGACUACGAGAAGGAGGACGUCAAGACGCAAGUUGUCGACAGAGUCGUGUCCCCCGUCUCGCCCGCUUCAUCCCCCGAGCCCGCGCGCGACCAAGCAAACAACGAGCCGAAGCCGCCGAUUCCUCGCAAGGCAGUCACUGCGCGCAACUUACACGCCGUCCACAGCCUACCUCAGUUGCGAACGGACGGGCCUGUCACCAGCAACGAAGCUCCUCCCACAAUCACGAGAGACUUCGCAGUGAGCCCCGUCAGUCCCCGUACUCAGAAGCAGCUGUCGCCUCGCUCCACACAAAACCAGCAACAGCAACAGAGAGGCCAAUGGCAGCACCCACCCCAGGACUACACCCCCUAUGCGCCUCAUGCGCCGGCACCCGGCCCCACGCAGGGCGAUCAGCGACCAGCCUCGCGAGACCAGCGCCCUCACCAGGAACCCGUCGAGUACCGCGAGCUCAAGGUCAAGGACCUGCCGCCCGCCGAUCCGCGCGCGUCCUACUUCCCCAUGCAGGGCUCCGAGCCCCCCAGUCCCGGCAUCGUCUUCAAGGCGCUGCCGCUCAAGGAAAGCAUGUUCGACUGCUACGUCAAGCACCGCGUCAUGGACCGUACCCGCAACCGCAACUACGCCCUUACCUGCCAGACUUGCGGCAAGGCCGACACGGAAGACCGCUACAAGUGCCAGUUCUGUUACGUCCGCAUGUGCGGCUCGUGCUUGCAGGUCUUCAACAGCAAUCGCAGGGACCUCAGGAAGCUCAUGGCACAUUUGGAAGGCAACCCGCACAGCGGCGGCUCGCAGGAGCGUCCUACUACAGCUGCAGGUAUUGAGCCGACCCAGAAGAUGGGUGAGCAGCACUACCAGAUGGCGUAG